AGAGAGAGAGAGAGAGAGAGAGAGAGAGAUAAAGAGAAGCAUUUCCAAGAGAGAAGAAGCUCUUGUUUAUUAUACCUGAAAUUACUCAUCGGCAGAUAGUUUAAGUUGCCGUUGAUGGCCAUGGUCGACAAUAGACCUCCGUCUGAAGGCGGCGGAGGCAAAGUUUGGGGAUUAUUUAAGCUGCCGUUUCGAAACACAGGUAGCAGUACGACGCACACGACGACGUCGUCUUCAACGUAUCAAACUGAAGGAUCGAACACUCAGAACAUCAAUAACCAUCAAGGCUUGAGUGCGAGCAACUCUGUCUCUUCGGUGGCUAGAUCUCUGCUUCCGACACGCCGUCGUCUUCGGCUCGAUCCAAGCAAUAAGCUAUACUUUCCCUAUGAACCUGGUAAGCAAGUCCAAAGUGCUAUCAAGAUAAAAAACACCAGCAAGUCUCAUGUUGCUUUCAAGUUUCAAACAACUGCACCAAAGAGCUGUUUCAUGCGUCCCCCUGGUGCUAUUCUUGCUCCUGGAGAGACUAUAAUUGCAACCGUUUUCAAGUUUGUGGAGCCUCCAGAGAACAAUGAAAAACAAAUGGACCAAAAGAGAAAAGUGAAAUUCAAAAUCAUGAGUCUGAAAGUUAAAGGAGUCAUGGAUUAUGUGCCUGAGUUGUUUGAAGAGCAAAAAGAUCAUGUGGCUGUGGAGCGGAUAUUGCAAGUUGUAUUCCUUGAUGCCGAACGUCCAAGCCCCGCUUUGGAAAAAUUGAAGCGGCAGUUAGCAGAAGCGGAGGCUGCUCUUGAAUCCAACAAGAAACCUGUAGAGGAACCCGGCCCAAAGAUCAUCAAUGAAGGCCUUGUCAUAGAUGAAUGGAAAGAAAGAAGAGAGAGAUAUCUGGCUCGACAACAAGUUGAAGGUGUUGACUCAGUAUGAUAAAAAAAAAGUUCGUUUCUUAAAUCAUAAUCGUGUAUUUUUUUUUUUAAAUUAAUUUUAUUUUAAAUGUUUAUGUUGCUUUGUUUCCCCCACUCAUGCUAAGGUUGCAUAAAACGGGUGGGUGGUGAUGUUUUAACGUAUUUUUAAUGUAAAAAGCUUUUGUGAAUUCAAUUCGUGACUUAAGAAAGAUAUAUAUGGC